AUGAAUAAAUUUGAUGAAUUUAUACAAGAAACAGAUAAUGUGCUAGAUAUUGAUACGAGCACAAGAGACACAACUGGACAAAUAGCGCCUAAAACAAAUGAUACAUCAAAAAUACAAUCCAAAUCCCCCAUAUCAAAGUCGCGUCAUACUACAUCGCCGGUAAUAAGCAGCAAUUCUAAAUUUCUAAUUCAGAAACAAUUAACGCCCACAAAAGUUGAUGAAACUGUAGACCACCCAUUAAGAGGCUCGCCGAACUCACAUAGAGCAGGGACAGUAAUAUCUGCACCCUCUUCUGAAAAGUCAACCAGGACACGACCACGGAAACCAAUUAUCAAUAAAAGAAGGUCAUUGAUACAACCUCUAAUAACGCACUCACAAGAAAAUACUUUUGAAAUAGCGACCCAAGUAAGCACCCUACAUUUGAAUGAAAGACAGCAUUCAUCCACUGAGCAUGACGUUAGCAACACUAACACUCAGAAUUCUAAGCAUUCAAGAGGAAGUUCGACCAAUUCUCUUACAAUAGACACCAAUGAUAUUAAUAUGCUUUUAAAGAAUCUAGCUAAUAAAGAAAUGGAUCUGUUUGAAAGUAAACAGAAAAUAGAUGAUUUGAGAAAGCAGUUAUUAUAUCAUGAAAAGUUAUAUGAACGACAUUCAAAUGAACUGAAAAAUUUGAAAGCACAAGUAUCAAAACAUUUAACCGAUAAUGUCAGUGGUACCUCGACUCCCAUGAAGUCGCAAAAUGGCAAAAACCAAACUGAAACUUCUGAGAAGAUUAAAUAUACUAACAAUGCACUUGAAACGAGAGGGAAAACUAAUAAAAUCGAAGAAGUUAAGGACAUUAUAAAUAAGCAAGAAACACAUAAGAAAAGCAUAUCAAAACUGGAGCCAGAAGCAGAAAAAAGUCAGGCUAAUGGAUCAGUCUGGAGUAAGCCUUUAGCGAUAUUCAAUCAAUUUGAUCAAAUCUUACAACAGGAACUUGAGAAAUCUUUAAAUUGGGAUAGCGAAACUUCACCGGAGAAAGAACCAGCUGGCAAAGAUGGGACAUAUAUGAACGAGGGCAAAUCAAAUAUAUUUGCCAGUGACUUAGGCAGUGACUACAAUUAUGUUAACAUAAACAGUGCUACCACAAAUGACGAUACCGGUACCACAAACGGUAAUUCAAGUAGUGUUUCCAAAUCAAUAUGGAAUUUUGUUAACGAUGUCAGAACUGGCUUGCUAGGAAUUGAUGAAGAAAUUAGCGAAGAGGAAGAAGAAGGUUUCAAAAAUCAAACUAACGACAGUAGCGAGAAUGGACAAUUAAUAAAGGAAUUCAAGACGACAAAGAAAUCGGCCCGAAGUAGCGGUAACAAGCUGAAUUUCAUUGACAAUGAUGAGGAUCAUGAAGUGAGGGAUGUGGAAAUGACGACAUUUCUGUAG